UGAAAACAUCAUAUGCUUAUAGUAAUCCAGUAGAGAGGGAAAAUGUUGCCGUCAAACACCCCGAAUACUAUCACCGAACGCGUUACUACUCUCGUAACCAUUUUUUGUUUUCCAGUUCAUUAGAGAAAACCUCCGAAUUGAAUUUUCAAAAGUCAAGUGCGAAGUUUGAUUUUUCUCGACGCGUACGGUCAUAUAAAAUUCAUCUAAAUGCAGUGCUCUCGAACUUGAAGGCUAAUCGAUGAACGUUUUUCGUUUUCGUUUGACGGAUUCGCGGGUUUCGUAAUGCGCCGAUUGAAUUGUUCACUUUUCAUAGUGUUUGUUUUUUUCGUUGAUUAUACUUUACAAUUGAUUACUCCGUUGGAUCCGAUUCAUACCGAGAAAUGUAGACUACGAUGUACUUUUGAAGAUCGACCUGUAGAAAUGACGUGUCUCAGACAAUGCUUGACUACAGAUGUAAAACCAGGAAAAUGCCCGACUGAAACAAACAGCACGAUCCCACCGUACGAGAAAUUAUGUUCAAAUACCUGCAGAACAGAUCCCCAAUGUCCAAACCUAAUGAAAUGUUGCCGGCAUGACUGCGGAGUUGUUUGUAUGACUCCAACGCAAUUAGAUCUCGUUCCAGGGUUACCACCUAAACCUACCAACGUGUUGGCGCACGUUAACGAAAGUGAGAUCACUUCCGAUGGGCUACCGAUAUACGUACGAUGGACGUUUCACAGUUGUAGUGCGAUUAAUCAAUCCGUCCAAUUUGUCCUCGAAGAAAAGCACAGCUACUUUGAAAAUGGCACCGAUGUCAUUGCCGACACGUGGAAUUACGUCAAGAGAACGCAUCGUAAACACGCUGCCAUCAAGAAUUUAUUCCAACCGGGCCUUUACUACCAAUUUCGCGUGUAUUCAGUCAGUGAAAAUGGCACCUUGGGACCGUCCCUCGCAUCUAGUCCGUAUCAGGUUUUACCAAAUAUUACCGAACUAUCCCCCGGAAAACCGCUGGAUUUCGGCGUAGGGGCACAAUCCUGGGGGAACGGCAGCCUCCGGUAUCUGCUCGUUUGGCAGAAGCCAAUAUCAGUGGUACCAGUUUUCAAAUAUAGACUGAUUUGGAGUAUGCUGAAGAACAAUUCGUUACUACAACACGAAAAAUACCUGGCAGGGAACUUGGAACAUUAUUGGAUGAGUAACGUGUUACCAAAGACGGACUACUUCUUUGAAAUAUUCGCCGUGGUGAAAUUCGAUGAUAAAAAACUAGCAGGCAAAGCAGCUCGUAUACUUGUAAGAACCCAUGACUAUCCUCCGCCAAAAACGAGAAGAAGAAUUGAACCAACUGAGGUGGAUGUGAAAUAUAGAGAUUCCAUCACUACGUUACAAGUUAAUAAAUUAUACUGGAUAGAGGACAAUCUCUUCGCUUCGGUAAUUUGGGAACCAAUAUCCGAUGAUGCUGCUACCAAUUAUUCUAUUACUUGGAUUCCUUCCACCAGAGAUUGCAGAGAUCUCGAUGGGUGGUAUGUGGCGCAAACAGUGGAUUCUAAUUUCGAAAUAUACGACUUAACACCAGGUUGCGAUUACGACAUAUCGAUCAAAGUUAUUUACGACCAAAUCCUCUACACAGGAGAUACAUUUUUACCCCUGGAAAGUUGUACAAAAAAAUUGAGCAAAAGCAAGCCGAAAAUACGAAAAGAUUUCAACUUAUUCGCAUCAGCCGAUUUUAUGAAACAAUUUCAAAACAAACCCAUCGAAAUUGUCGACUGUCCUUUACCCAGAAAUAAUGGUACCUAUAUACCAAGAAAUAAUGAAACCGAGUUAUUUAGAGAUAAUGAAACCGAGCCAUCUGAGGAAAAAUAAAUAUAAUCAAUACGUGUGUAAAAUAUUGUUGUUGUUUACUUGUUAAAAUAAAUUAUUAAUAGCUUAGCUAAUAGCCUGUAAAUUUUUAAUCCAGCGUUCUGGUUAUAUUAUUACAAUGUAAUUUUUUUGUAAAAAUUUAUAAGUACACAAGUUUUUGUUUUAAAAGGCGUUAAGUAUCUUUUCUAGAUGAUGUGGUAAGUAGCAUAUGCGUGAAAUAUUUAAGUAGAUAUACGAGUAAAAAUUAAAUUAGACCCUAAGUUAAAAUCGAUAAAAAUCACAUUACAGCGAUAACGACGACGAGAGUGUAACUGAACACACGAUAUGAUUGGCGAAUGAAAUCAUCAAGAACAUUGACAAGCUAUUGUAAUAUUAACAACGCCAAAGUUGAAACAAUGAUUCAGCGAA